AUGAAGAUGCUGGUGGCAAAAUUCACAAAAGGAGCCGGGGAAGAAAUAUUUCCAAUGAAUAAACAAACCCCGUCUAAAUCAGGAUGGAACUAUGGGCAACCACCACCAUCAGAGCCAGCUGAUUGGAUUGUUCAAUGGGCACCUGAAAAGCUUGAGACCUUGGAGACUCUAGAUAUCCAGAAGAACAUUUGUGCGGCACUCAAUUCUCGUCUCAAAAUGCGUUGGCUGAUUGGCGUCGAGCGGGGCUUGGUUAAAGGUUGUUUGAUGGAUCGACUGGAUCGCGAUCUUAUCGGAAAUGCCUUCUCUUAUGCUGUGACCCGUGAAUUCGUACCUGAUUUAGAUUUGGAUCUGAUUUCACUCAAAUUCCACAUUGUAUCAGACGGCGAGGAAACAUUUGACGAUGAAGGCAAAUUCAAGGCUAUCAUCGAGAUUGCGGUCACUUCAAAGACAAAUUCAAUCUAUCAACUUUCUUCGGGACGCUGCUUCUAUUUGCACGGAGGAAUCGUUUGCUGCGAAAACAUUGAAAAGUUCCGAAAAAUCUGGCAAGACGCGGCAAUCAAUCGAGAAAAUACUGAAAGUACUUCGACUACGAAAGCUUCAACGUCUGGAACAAUUUUAACUUUGCUAGCGGGCCUUGUUGGUGGAUUCGUCGCGGCCAAGUAUUUGAUUCAAAAGAAAAUCGUUUCC